AGGUGCUGCCGAGGAGUAGGCCGUUGGGUUUUGUGCUUGUUUUUAAAAAAUUGCUCACUCGUAAAAACCUUGUGAGGAGGCACAGCAAGCUUUCUAGUGAAAGCUGGUGACAUUAAUGCGGGGCACCGUCCCGUGGCUCAAGGGUUUCCAAGACAUAAGGACACGGCAGGCUUUUGAUCACCAUGGCUGCAGUGGAUCGUUUCUACCUUCUGUACAGAGAGAUCAGCCGUUCCUGCAGUUUUUACAUAGAGGCCCUGGCUAUAGUUGGAGCAUGGUACACAGUCAGAAAGUGUGUGUCUCUUGCGUUUGACACUUACAGCAUGUUGAGGUUGCAUUUAAUUCCAAAGCUGGGUGGCGAGAUUGAUCUUGUCAAGCGCUAUGGAAAAUGGGCUGUGGUCACAGGUAGCACAGAUGGUAUUGGGAAGGCGUAUGCUGAAGAACUGGCAAAGCGUGGUGUCAACAUCAUCUUAAUCAGCCGAAACAAGGAGAAGUUGGAGUCUGUAUCUAGAAGCAUAUCUGAAACCUAUAAAGUGGAAACAGAUUUCAUAGUAGCUGACUUCAGCAAGGGGCGUGAGCCUUACCCAGCCAUUAGGGAGGCUCUGAAAGACAGAGAAAUUGGCAUUUUGGUGAAUAAUGUAGGAAUGUUUUAUCCCUACCCGGACUAUUUUACCAACCUGUCAGAGGAUGUGCUGUGGGACAUGAUCAACAUAAAUAUUGUUUCUGCUAACAUGAUGAUGCAUAUUGUGCUGCCGCGCAUGGUAGAGAAGAUGAGAGGGGCAAUUGUGAAUGUUUCUUCUGCGUCCUGUUGUCAGCCGACACCAAUGCUGACAAUCUAUGGAGCCUCUAAAGUAAGUUGGGGUGUUGUGUUUAAUGGUAUGCACUGAAAAGUAGAUGCAUUAUAGAUUGGUUGUAAACACAUUCAGCAAGGAUAUCACAAUGUACUUCAAAGUUUUUUAGGGGUUUGUUAAAGUAUCAGAGGUGAAUGCUACACAUAAUAUGCAGUAAACUCUUUGUCUUCACCAAUACUGGGCUUUGAACCAAAUUCAGUGCUAUUUGGAUUAUGUGUGAAUGGUAGCAUAACAGUAGUUUUAGGAGAAAUGUUACCUUCCUCAGAGGAAUGAUGUGGAAAGCAAAGUGUCAGUUCUAUGAGCCAUUGAAAGGGUCAAGAAUUUCAGCCGUCUUCUUCAGCUGAACUGUGCAGACAUACCUCAAGCUACCUACAUGGUCAUAUUUGGUAGUAAGAAAGGCUCUCUACUCAUGCUUAGGCCACCGUUACAACAAGGGCUGUGGCCAAAUCAAGCCACUGCUUCACCUAACACCAAGUGGCAGAAAGCUUCCGAUGUCAUUGUCUGUACCAUAUUUGGGGAGAAGUGAAAAGAACUUUCCCCCUCAUAAUUAUUUUUCCUGGGGAGAUCCAGUCAGUAAUGAAUAGGAUGGGGCAGCUGGGUGAUGCUGGAAGUAUGAAUGCAGGUAGGGAUGUGGAUUUACAAUGGAUGACUUGCUCCUGAAUCCACAAAAGCAGCGGAGAUUGUAGAAGGAUCUUGUCUCCAUCUGGAGUGUAAACAAGUGGUUGUUGCUCCCAGCUGUGGGUGUCUGCCCUCUGCUGUAGCCUAACCCCUGUGCAACUUUGCUCCUGGGAUAGCUUUUGCCAGUACUUCCUUUUGCCUGGAGCAAACCCAGCUCUUAUUACCCCAGGUAUAAAACUCACUGUGGAUUUUCUUCAGUGUUGAAACUGGCUUAACAUUCCUGUUUCUGUUGCAGAGUAUCUCUUCCCUUGGUUAAGUGUAUGUAAAACUGCAACUAAAUCAAUUAAAAGGCCUGAAUGAAAAAGAACAGAACAAAACCAGGUGUACCGAAGUUUCUUCCUUUAGCUGCCAGCAUUAAUCCAAAUCCUAGAUCAGCAAUCUGGUUUAAAGCCUGG